AAACGAAAAACCUUAAAAUCAAGAUGAAUUCUGUUGAGGAUUGGAAUUUGGAUUCCGGAUAGCACUCCAAAACUGAAACUUCAUUGGCGAAGAUUAAUGGGAAAGGAACUGGAACUGAGAAACCAACAGGGUAUGCGUCAAAGAAUGGAAGAGGAUAUGAAGAGAUUGUAAGAAGGAAAGGAAGGACAAAGGCAUUAAAACUACGUGUUUUGAAUUGUAUGCCACCUAUCACCAUUGCGUUCUCAAGAGUACAAGAAGAGCAUGUUGUUGCCUUGGAAUGUCGUUAACUGGUAAAGAGUCCAGGUGGUGUUUCCGAUGAAUUUGUCGUGUGGCCUCAAGGGAUCGAGUUCGGAUACUAGGUUGAGUAUGAUGAUUGGGUCGUCAGGUUCUAUGUGUGGUGAUUCUAACAACAGCAGUGAGAAUCUAAGUGGCAGUCUGUCUUCUACAGAAACCAGUGUUGCGAACCCGGAGUUCGAAAAAUCCAUAGAAACGGAAUUCACUCAACAAAAUGGCCAGGUAUGCAAUCCAAAAGAAAAAUCGUUCUGUAGCGAUACAGUUCCAGUGGGUGAACCCAGGAAAGGUGGGGUUGCCAGAAGUAAGAAGAAGCACCGAGGAGAAACAGUUGAACCAGAGAAGGAUCAUUCAUCCACCAAUUUGGGAAGCUCAAGUGCUGCCUUCAUGGGGGUAAGGAACUCUCCAGAAAUGUCUAGCAGACAAAGGCAUAAUGAGGUGAAUUGCAAUAGGCCACUGCUUUCUGAGGAAGUCCGAAUUGAAGAUGCUUCACAAUAUGAUUUAGCUGCAAACUUGUCAUGCAAACCAAAAGAAAAAGGAGAACAUAAAGAAAGUGAGAGUCAGCAGCCAACAAGUUGUGAUCCAUUGAUAGGAUCCAUCGUUCUACUUCAGGCCGUGCAAGAGGCGCUUGAAAAAGAGAUUGAACAUUUUAGAGAGAUUGGGAACAACCAGACAACAUUGUUCAACGAAUCUGGACGCGUAGUCAGUUCGAACACAAAGAUCUGUUCUGUUGAUCAAGCAAGCAAUGUGGGCCACUAUUUGGACCAAAAUCUAUUUUCAGGCCUCGAGGAUAUGGAGAUGAGUAGUAAAGUGAAUGCUUUUCAAAGGAAACUUGAAGAGACAUUAGCUAUGCUGGACGCCACCGAAUCUAAAAUUGCUGAACUCGAAAGUAUUUUAAGUAAGAAUGACAGGGUGAAAGAAGAAUCAGCUGGGAGUAGGAGUAGGAGUAGCAUUAGUAGUAGUAAGAGUUUACAGUAUCUAAAAGACAAGAGCACCAAGAUGGACAAUGAGAUUAAGACUCUUUUGAAGAAGAAGGUAGAAGCUGAAAAAAAGUACUACCAGCAGCUAGAUGAACUAAGAAAAACAAUGGGUAGUAAAAAGCAGUCACGGUUGGAAUUAGUUGGCUCAGAGAAAGACAGUGUGCUGUUACUGAAGGCAGAAAAGGAAGAGGAGUUGAUGUUAAAAGAUAAAGAAAAGCUUUUGAAGAUGAAAUAUAGCAUUACCAAGUACGGGUUCUGUCUGGUUGUGCAGUUGAUGUAUUUUCUGUUUGUAUUGGUGUUCUGGAUGUCAAAUCUGCCUCAGCAAUCUGUCGGGCCUACUUAUGUACCAACCUGAACAGCCAUAUGCACCCACGUUGGACAAAAGAAACAGUUAGUGUUAACUUAACUCUCCUGGCAUGCAUUUGCAUUCUUCUUUCUUAUCCUGGUUUGGUAUUUUGUGGGUUUUUGUUUGGAAUUUGUUUCUUAGCUUUGAAAUGAUGUUGAUCGUACAAGUACAUUUGUAUAGGUUAGAUUACUGGUGCGGUGGUGCCUCUUCUUUAUCUAUUGCUGACCCUCUUCUUUGAAUGUAUUUGUGUAACUGUAUGAUAAAGCCAUCUCAUAUUUUAU